AAUGUGAAUUCUCUAUAUGUAAAAACAUAUAUAAGAGAAUCUAAAACACUGUCGUAGAAAAAGAAAAAGAAAAAUAUGGACUUAAAAUUAGCUACGUGUAGAAAAAAAGCAUUAGCGUUAGUAUUAUUUUCCAUUUAUUUCCUAUCAACGGAUGCUAGAGGAUCAUUUCCUGCGCUUUUGGCUUUUGGAGAUUCAAUACUCGAUACCGGUAACAACAAUUUCCUACUGACUUUUAUGAAAGGAAAUAUCUGGCCAUAUGGGAAGAGUUGGACCAUGAGAAUCCCCACAGGAAGAUUUGGAAAUGGAAGAGUUUUCUCCGAUAUUAUUGCUGAAGGAUUGGGGAUCAAAAAAGUAUUACCAGCUUAUCGUAAGUUGUUUGUUCCUCCAAGCGAGCUUAAAACCGGUGUUUGUUUCGCAUCAGGUGGUGCAGGAGUCGACCCUGUUACAUCCAGACUGAUGAGAGUUUUGAAGCCAAAGGAUCAAGUAAACGAUUUCAAAGGGUACAUAAGGAAGCUAAAGGCCACGGCAGGUUCUUCAAGAGCAAAGGAAAUAGUUUCAAACGCAGUGAUUCUUGUUUCUCAAGGAAAUAAUGAUAUUGGAAUCUCAUAUUUUACGACUCGAUCUGCUAUUAUGCGAGGAAUGACUGCCGGUAGAUACACCACUAAACUAGCUGGUUGGAAUAAACAGUUUAUGAAAGAUUUAUAUGAUCAAGGAGCGAGGAAAUUUGCGGUGAUGGGAGUGAUACCAUUGGGAUGCUUGCCUAUGACGAGAAUCGGGAUUUGUAACUUCUUUGCGAAUAAACUUGCUGAAGAUUACAACGGGAAAUUGAGGAGGGGGGUUAAAACUUGGGGAGGAGAAUCAGGUUUUCGCGGUGCAAAAUUUGUCUAUGUUGACAUGUACAACACUCUUAUGGAUGUUAUCAAAAAUUAUAGAAGAUAUGGAUUUACUAAUGAGAAGAAAGGGUGUUGUUGUAUGAUUUCGUCAAUAAUACCAUGCCCCAACCCAGAUAAAUACGUCUUCUAUGACUUUGUUCAUCCCUCCGAGAAAUCCUACAAAAUUAUUUCUAAAAAGCUUGUCGCGGAUAUCAAGAGGGGUCUUGCCUGAUUCCUUUUGCAAUACUUUUUUAAAAUCUUAAUAACAGCCAUCGUUAAUAAUAUAUAUAUAUGAGAAGACAAAGAUCAUAGAUGGGCGAUCUUUCAGUUUUUUUACAUAAACCAAUGUAUAAUCCAGUUUAAAGAAACAAAUGUAUUAUGUAUUGUUUAUUUUAUAAAAUCCCAGAACAACAAAGACGUUUUGCU